GAAACAAUGGAGAUAAAGAGAUUAGAGAACAAUGGCGUCUAUGGUGGCCAAUGGAGGGGUGAGCUUCACGCUUGUUUCCUCUCAAGCUUACUUUGAGAGAAUGGCGAUGAAGGAGAUACGUUCCCUGGUCCAUCUCCAACACGAUCAAGUGAUGCAAAAUGGAAGGAUGAAGGAAAUGAAUGUCUUCAAGGCUGGUUGCUAUCAAAAUUUUUUUAAUGCUUCAAUCAAGAAACAUCAGUUGGUUGCCAACUGGACUAGUCCUGAUCUUGAUCUUGUGAAGUAUAAAAGAGUAUUUCGCCAUGGUGGCAGGUGUCGGAAUUCAACUGUGAUGGCAGAACUACAAAAUGACAAUCUUAUUAGCAAACCUACCAGACACUGCAUUGUUCUUGACAUUGAAGGAACUACAACCCCAAUAUCAUUUGUUACAGAUGUUCUUUUUCCUUAUGCUCGUGAUAAUGUGCAGAAACAUUUAAUGUUAACAUACGGCAGCCAGGAAACCAAGGAUGAUAUAAAUCUGUUGCGUGCCCAAUGUGACACUGGUAGCUUUUAG